GCCCUGUCAACCCCCUCGCGGAUGACCACUGGGACCGCCCUGAAUGACACCAUUCCUAAGUGAUGGCAGUGCCUUCAAGAGACCACCUGGUACUCCAUGCUUCAAAGACUAGGACAACGCCUGCAGCAGGCUAUACCCUCUCUAAAUGCAAAUCAUCACAUCCAAGGCAUAGCUACACCCACAUCGACACUCUGCACAACUUGUGCUGCGUUGGAUAUCAAACAGAUCCUUCGCGAUGGUCUCUCCGAGGGAGAUAAGGUCUCCCUUGGCCUGCUCCUAGACAUCAUGGAUAAGAGCGAUCGCUGUGGCCUGUGUUCCCUUGUUUCUGAUCUCAUUCGGCGACGCUGGCGUCUUCACAACUUCCCUGAUGCAGAUCUUCAGAAUAUCAAGCUUUAUCUGUCUUCGCGCGAAUUCGUCGAGCCUGUCGUCCCAGAUCCCCAAGGCAGAAAAACGUGCCAUCGUCUCUACAUACAUCCUUCACACCGUUUACCGGAUAUACAAAGACAACUGAUAACUACUGGAGCGGCACUUCAUCUGGAUAUCCAACUGUUAGAAGAAGACUACCGCAAACUAUCGAGAUCGAGGGAUCUUCAUGGUCGCAGACUAGAGGAAAACAUUGACGUCGGUCUGAUCAAGAAGUGGAUCAAAAAUUGUGAAACAGAUCAUGACUGCGAGUCUGUGUGGUGGAGACCUAGCGACGAGCGUCUCCCCGACUUUGUUAGGAUGAUAGAUGUAACGAAGAUGGCGCUGGUUCCUGCAUCUCCAGAUUGCCGCUACGUAGCUCUUAGCUACGUCUGGGGAGGUCCCGGGGAUUACUACUGGACGACAACGGAGAACAUAAAGACCCGGAUCCAUCCUGCAGGACUAGACGCGGGCAUUCUCCCAGCGACGAUCCGGGACGCGAUCCAUCUUACUCGCCAGAUCGGCGAGCGGUACCUAUGGAUCGAUGCGUUGUGCAUCCUUCAAGACAGUCCAACGGACAAGGGUGCCCAGAUUUGCAUCAUGGACCUGAUUUAUAGCAGGGCUGCGUUCACUAUCUUCGCUGCCAGUGGAAUGAGCGUGCGCGAUGGUCUGUCAGGCAUUCUACCGGGCUCCCGGUCAGUAACCCAACACAUUGAAUGUGUUCAGGGACUUCAUCUCGCAAUACCGCUUCCAUCACUUUCGGAGGCACUGGCCGAGUCCAACUGGAACACGCGAGGCUGGACUUUUCAAGAAAUUCUCCUCUCACGUCGUCGCUUGGUCUUCACCAAACACCAGAUGUACUUUGAAUGUACAAAAGAUGUCUGGUGUGAAGAUGUCGUUGCAGAGAGCAAGGUUUUGUCUUCCAGUCGUCCUCUGUACAUUUCAGGCACAAGCAUAUCUCUUCCCAAACCCGACUAUCCCGGAGCCAGUUACAUGACAGUGACGGACUACGCCACCGCCGUGGCAGGAUACUCGCAGCGGCGCCUGACUGUCGAAUCAGACAUUAUUGCUGCCAUAACUGCGUUGCUAAAUGUCUUGACCAGAAACUGCGAGCCUGCCGGAAGUGAUCCUAAGAAAGCAUUUCAAUUCGGGAUGUGGAUAAGGUACCUGGACGCCUCCUUACUGUGGCAGCCCAGUCUUCGCGAAGUCCUCGUGCGCCGCACGGUACCAGAUGGCAAUCAACCGUUAUGGCCGUCUUGGGCAUGGGCAGGUUGGAAAGGUGCUGUCCAGUACGGAAACGAAUCGCAGAUGUUGGAUGGCUAUGACUCCGACGUGCAUGCACGUCCUGACGAGUCGCUUGUUACAGCCUGGUACAUGGUUGACGAAGAUCGGAGCAUCAUUCGACUGGACGUCGAGCCAAUCUUAGCAAAUUGGACCCCACCCGUGAAUGCGGAGCCAACAAACCCCCAGAUGUACGCACGAUCGGAGAACUAUGCGAGUGAUCUGGAACUGGAAUUUUCACCGUCACCGGGGACUUUGAUCUUUCGUACUCGCCGUGCGCACUUCCAGGUGGUCAAGGUGGACGACGGUGUUGUAAAUACGGAUGCAUCCGCCGCUCACGCUGUUUUUCACAUCGUUCCGGUCGAUCCAGCACGCCAAAGUAAUGCCGGGCGCAUCAUCCUGCCUGCUUCGGUAGCAUCCCCGGCGACUUUUGAGUUCGUUGUACUUUCACGUUGCGAUGGAAUUCGCGGUAUGUGGGACGAGCUUACGUGGGGAGAAAGGUAUUAUGGGUGUGUGUUGCAUGUAAUGGCGGUGCAGGAGACACCCAAUGAUUCUCGGGUAAGGGAACGCGUUGGGGUGGGCGUUGUCGUCGAGUCGGCAUGGAUGAAGAGCCAUGCGGAGGAGUGUGUUGUAUUACUCGCAUAG